CAGGCGAGGAAAGCAAGACACGCCCACCCACCCGCUCCGGCAGCCAGCGGCUAUGCAGCAGCAGAUGCCCAUGCCGCCGGCGCCCGCUGCCGCCGCGGCGGCGGCGCCCCCGGCGGCCGGCAUCACUACCGAGCAGAUCCAGAAGUAUUUGGACGAAAAUAAGCAACUUAUUUUGGCCAUCCUGGAAAAUCAGAACUUAGGGAAGUUGGCUGAAUGUGCUCAGUAUCAAGCUCAACUUCAAAAGAACCUCUUGUACCUGGCUGCGAUUGCUGAUGCCCAACCCCAGCCUCCGCAAAACCCUGCAGGUCGCCCUCAGAUGAUGCAGCCUGGUAUAGUGCCUGGUGCGGGGCAUUACAUGUCACAAGUACCAAUGUUCCCUCCAAGAACCCCAUUAACCCCACAGCAGAUGCAGGAGCAGCAGCAACAACAACAGUUUCAGCAGCAGCAGCAGCAAGUGCAGGCUCUUACAUUUCCUGGACAGAUGGUCAUGAGACCAGGCACCAUCAACGGUAUGCAGCAGCAGCAGCCUAUGCAGGCUGACCCUGCCCGGGCAGCAGCGGAGCUGCAGCAGGCAGCACCUAUCCCAGCUGACGGGCGAGGAAGCAAGCAGGACACCGCGGGUGGGGCGAGCUCAGAGCCUUCUGCCAAUGAGAGCCACAAGAGCGCCACCGGAGCAGAUACCGAGGCAGGUGGCGACGUGGCCGAGAAAUCCUAAGUCGAGCAGCCUGGGCAGGGCGAAAAAUAAUGCCUUGUAUACUAGCAACGAAAGAAAAAAAGAGUCUUUGAAUGACAGCUACUAGCCCCUACCAGUUUACUGUGUGGUUUAGAUGAUGUAGAACAAAGUUUAGAUUGGUGAUGAUGUAAACCGUCCA